AGCGCGUGUAUAACGGUCUGAGGAGGUGAGAGGAGCCACUUGGAAGAUACUUUAACUUCACUCCCCUGUCCUCUCUUUCUCCUUUAUUUAGAUUUUUUUUUUGGCAAUUUCCAACCAAAGUUCUCGGACUCGCGUCCCUUGCUGUAGCCGGGGUACACGAUGGCCAGCUCGGGCAUUCAGCUCCUGGGGUUCCUCCUCUCUCUGGUCGGUGUCGCCACCACGGUCGCCGCCACCCUCAUGGUGCAGUGGAAGAAGCAGGCGCAGGGGAAGACGCACAGGGUGUACGAGGGUUUGUGGAUGAGCUGCAGCGGCAACGAGAGAACGACCUGUGAAUCCCACGAGUCUCUCCUGAAGCUGCCCACCGAGGUGCAGGCGACCAGGGCCGUGAUGCUGCUCAGCAUCUUCCUCUCUGCUGUGGCCCUGCUGGUCUCCACUGUGGGGAUGAAGUGCACGCGCUUCAUGGAUGGAAAGAACGAGAGCAAAUCCACUACAGCAAUGAUCGGAGGAAUCAUGCUCGUGAUCUCAGGAUUAUUGACUCUGAUCAUCACUUCCUGGUACGUUAAAAUGAUUGUCCAGAAGUUCCAUUCGUCCAAUCAACUGCAAAGCUUUGAGUUUGGUAAGGCGGUGUUUGUCAGCUGGGUCGGGGGCCUCCUCACUAUGGCCGGUGGCACCUUCCUGAGCUGUCGUCGAUGCUCACGGUCUGAAUCACCUGAGUCCAGAAACUCCAACCUCCACCUGCCCACCACUAACGCCAAGUCCAACUACGUGUAGUCAGGGGCGGGGGGGGGGGAAUGACGACGACACACAGUCCAUCCAGGGAACAACUUGAUUGUUGUAAAUAUACAAGCUACAUCCAGCCAGUCAAUUCCAUGUUUUUUUUUAGUCGUGUCCAUUUAUGAAAUCCUAAAGUUUCUCCUCUCAGCUACAGUGAAGAACACUUGUUUGAAUAGUUUACAGUGGAGCUGUAAAGUUUUUCACUGUGUAGCAGGAUUUCUGUACUUUUUUUACAAUGUACUUUUCUAAACAGGUCAUUUCCCUUUGCCUCUUCAGUUUUUCACAGAUUGAAUGUUUGUUUAUGUUGUUCAUUUCAUGACUAAGGUUUCACAUCUUUAGUCCCGUAACUCAUCAAGUUGGUUUUCUACAUUCUAUGGAAAUUACAAAGAUCACAGUUUGUACAUUUUGAAAAGAAAAAAGAAAAUGAAUUUGUUUUCAAUAAUGUUGUUGACCUUGUUUUAAGAUUGCUUAGACAUCUUUGUGUAACUCAGCAAAUUACUGACAAACACAUUUUGAUUCUAGAUAAAGAUUUACUAUUAUAAAUGAUUUUAAAUACAAUUAAGUACACUUUUAUAUGUAUCUUUGUACACAACACAAGGUAUUUAAUGGUAUCUGUUACAAUGGUUACCACUGUGCACUCAAAUAGAGAAUUUAUUGGAGAAAGGGAGAGGAUUUCUGAAUAAUUCCAGCUUAGAAAAACAAGUGUAUCACAUCUCCUGCUUAAAUAGUGAACGAUAAAGCUUUGUAGUACUUCUCACAUCGCUUUGAAAAUUAAACAACAAAAACAGAUGUAUAAUAGAGAGGAAAGUAUGGAGAUAAGCAUCAUGUUAUGAUCUCUCAUGGGAGUGACUCAGUGACUCACUUCCUGAAUC